AUGGAGCCCACCACUAAGGCCACCACCAACCAGCCCCAUGCUGCCAUCCAAAUGAGUGUCGUAAACCCUGCUCCUGCCAACAACACUCAGAACCACCAGGAGCACCACGCCAAGCGUCUCCGUGGAGGAGGAGCUGCCAAAGACUGUUUCAUCGGUGCCCUCGAGUGUUUCCUCUGCUUCGGCUGCCCUUGCGAGAUGUGCUGCUAA